UGCCCGCGGAGCGAGCGCACAGCCGAAUUUUAAGCAUCAUUUCUCCAAAACCUUCCUGCAGUUUGUUGUUGUUGUGGAAAUAAAGGGGAUGCCGGUGCUUCGCGGCUGCUGCCCAGCGGAUGCUGGUGGUUGGGAUGUAACCGUGGCAGAGCCCCAGAUCUCCCUGGUGCUCCUGUCCCUCCCCGUGCUGGUGUUCAGGACCCCGGGGUGACAUCCUGCGCCGGUCCCGGCUCCGCUCGGAGCUAGAGGGCGGGAGCAACCCGCGCAAGGCACGGCAGCGCUGCCUCUUCCUCCCGAGUGCCUCCCUCGCCUCCUCGGGAUUUGCUGAUGCUGUUUCUCUCCCUUCACCUUUUACCUUCUUUUUUUUUUUUUUUUUAAUCUUUUUUUUUUGCUCCCAUUAGCGUGAAAACCUCGUUUGAUUGCCUUGGCAGCCGCCUCUGAGCUGUGCGAUGCCCCAGCCUUGGCAUUUCCCUGCUCCCACGAGACAGGACAACCCGUUCCCCAUCAGAAAUGGGCUUUGCCUUUAGGAUGCUCCGGUCUCUGGCUGCCGGUGAAUUUUGGGAGUUUUCCCAAGGGAUAGAGAAGGUUUUUUUGCUGGGGGUUGGAUCCUGGCCGGGGGGUGCCUUUCGCUGCUUGGAUGCAGCAGCCGCUGCCCCUCGGGGACCAAAGCCACCUCCUCGUGCCGUCAUCUCCCGCUCCCGACCAGCCACACGGGCUGUCCCCACCACCCCUGACCACAAUCCUGAAGCCAUUGCGGUUAGUCCCUAGACAGGACUUCCCUGCCUUCCCAUCCCCAGGCUCUCCUAGACCCUCAUCAGGCAUCAGGACCAAAGAUGCAGCUCGGAUUUCUCCUUCCCGGAGACGGUCAAAGCGGCCACUCCAGCCUGGGCGUUUCGGGACCAAAUGCACGGCGUGCCAGCAGGGCAUCCCCCCGACCCAGGUGGUCCGCAAGGCCCAGGACUUCGUGUACCACCUGCACUGCUUCGCCUGCAUCAUCUGCAGCCGGCAGCUGGCCACGGGCGACGAGUUCUACCUGAUGGAGGACGGGCGGCUGGUCUGCAAGGAGGACUACGAGACGGCCAAGCAGAACGAUGACUCCGAGGCGGGCGCGAAGCGGCCCCGGACCACGAUCACGGCCAAGCAGCUGGAAACGCUGAAGAACGCCUACAAAAACUCGCCCAAGCCCGCCCGCCACGUGCGGGAGCAGCUCUCCUCCGAGACCGGGCUCGACAUGAGGGUGGUGCAGGUGUGGUUCCAGAACCGGCGGGCCAAGGAGAAGCGGCUGAAGAAGGACGCGGGGCGGCACCGCUGGGGGCAGUUCUACAAGAGCGUGAAGCGGAGCCGCGGGGGAGGGAAGCUGGAGAAGGAGAGCUCGGCCGAGGACUGCGGCGUCAGCGACAGCGAGCUCAGCUUCCGCGGUGAGCGCGGCGGCCGAGCGGGGCCGGGGGGCCGCGGCGCUGCCCCCCGCGCUGACCCCCCGCCUCCGCUCUCCCUCCUGUCCCCGGCAGAAGACCAGAUCCUCUCCGAGCUCGGCCACAACAACAGGGUGUACGGCUCCGCGGGGGACGUGGCGGGCGGACAGUUGCUGAACGGCGGCUUCUCCAUGGAGGGCACGGGACAGACGUACCAGGACUUGCGGGACGGCAGCCCCUACGGCCUCCCGCAGUCGCCGUCCUCCAUCUCAUCCCUGCCGGCCCACCCGCCCUUGCUCAACGGGCUGGACUACGCCAUGGACGGCAGCCUGGGGCUGGUGGCCCACGGGGCGCAGGGGGUGAGUCAGACGCUGCGGGCCAUGGCCGGGGGGGGCCCCACCUCCGACAUCUCCACGGGCAGCAGCGUCGGGUACCCAGACUUUCCCACCAGCCCGGCCUCCUGGCUGGACGACAUGGAUCACCCCCCCUUCUAAGCGCUGCUCGCCCCCGCCCCGGCCCCCCGCGCUCCCCCCGGCCCGCAAGCGCAGCACCGAGGGCACCCGCCGGCGCUCGACCUUCCCAGGAGAUCCCGUGGGAAUUGGCCCUGGAGGGCUGGAGGGAGGGGGGCGGCGCUGGCGGUGCCUGGGGGGGCUGUGCUCGGGCGGGGGGCGCGGGUGCCUUUGGGUGUAAGCACAAGAGAGGUGGCGGCGCACGGGGACCCGGCCGCGGCGGGGCCGGCGGGAGGGACAGAAGAACAAUCAGGGUGGCAGAGUCCACCCCGGCACCCGCGCCGGCCCCGCACCCCCCGCCGAGCCCCGCUGCUAUCCUCAAGAGUUAUUUUUCGGUAUGGCGUUGAAACGCAGCUCGGCGCUGCCCGCAGCCUCCGCAGAAAGAGAAGUCUAUAUUGUAGAAGGGUUUAUUUUGCCGGGGACGCGUCCGGGCAGGGCCACUGCCCCGCUGCCCAGGGGCCAUCCUGCCCGCUCCUGGCCUGGCGGCCGUGAUUUAUCCCUGGGCACUCAGGAGCAUCACUGCUUUGUACCACGGUCACGCGAGGGGAAGGAAUAAAGAAAGAUAAAUGCCUCCAGCCCGGGAUGCCCGCUGGCCGAGCUGUGCCAUGGCAGAGCCAGCCGGGAUGCCUGGGGCUGGCACCUGCGGAGCAGCCACGGGAGGGGUGGGUGAGAGAGGUGGGCAACGUUUGCUCUGAGGGCAGUGCAAAAAAAUUCCUCCCAAAUAAAGGAAGGGGAAUUUUGUCAGCUGCAGAAGCACCUGUGUGGUGGGAAGGGGAGGCGAUUGGGCUGUGAGAUGCUCCUGGUAUGGGUCACCCUCCUCCUUUGGUGCCGUGGGUCUGAUGGUGCUGAAGGGUGAGUGCAGGCAGCCAGGAAGGAUCCCGGUGGCUUUGGCACAUCCCACAAGCCCCGUGGGGUCUGCUCCUGGCCAGGCUCACUCAGUACUAGCCCUUGCUCAAAAGCCACAUGCCCAUCUCCCCCAGCACGGCCACCCCCCCACCCUCAGACAUUCAGCCCCAUGGAUAAGAUCCAGCUCCACACCCUCUGCCCAGGCUGCCCAUCUCUGCCCCAGCCCCACAGGGAUGCCCUGGCCAUGGGGUCCCUGCCACCCUCUCUGUCUCUGGGGUGAUGCUGAUGAUCCCAGGCUGUCCUUCAGGGAGGGCUGGGGGUGAAUCCAGUUAGUCCAGGCUCCUUCCAGAGGGGUGGAGGCUCCAGAAGCAGAGGGGAAAAAAGAAUUAAAAAGAAAGGAAAAAAAAAAAAAAAAAGAAGAAAAAAAAAAAAGCCACACGAGAAAGCACAUCACUGGUCUGUCCUUGUCCUUCCUUGCCCCCCCAGCUGGGUGCCUUGGUGCUGCAGGAGCUGCCCCAGCUGCAUCCACGUGCCUCCCCCUCCCCAGCCUGGGGUGCUGCUUCGUGCCAAGCUCCCGGCCUUGCCGGCCCUGGUGGAGAGGGGGACGGGGCAGAGCUGUGCCUGCUGCUCCCCAUCCCCCUUCAACAAGGCCAAAUGCCUCCUCCCCUCGCUGUGUAAAUUUUGUACAGUUCCAGAAAGUGAGAGUCUUGUUUCCUGGGGGAAUAAAAAGGAAAAAAAAAAUAAAACCCAAUGAAAAGAAUAAUAAUAAAAAAUUUUAAAGAAUAAACCCUUAUUUAUUGCCAUGUCUUGGGGGAGAAAUGAUCCCCCCAAGUUGCCCCCGGAUUCGGACCCAGGGCGUUGCUUUUGUACCCUGCCUCUAGUGUGUUGGCAUGAGAUGUGUACAGUCACCCCCUCGCCGUGAGGGAAAGCGAUGGCAAAUAAACUCGGGAUGCUUUUUAG